AUGCUGUUCUGGAACUCAAGGGCCUCACUGGCCGCCUGCAUACUAUGUCUUGCAUAUGGCACUCUGGCCACCCCGACAGCACGCAGAGGGCAUACUGUCAUUCGAGAUGGAUUCAUCAGUACAUACGAGAAGAGCCCCGACGGUAUCCAGACUGAGAGAGGCGGUUAUAUGAAAAAGCGGCUCUGCGACAAUGGAGAUACCACCUCAGACAGCGACGUCGACACCACCGUCCUCUGCUCACGGGAUAGCUGUGGAAAGGCCUGCUCCGCUGAUCUUGUUCAACGAUCUGCGCACCCGAUCAACGAGAAGGACCUCAACAUAAGAGCACCCCCGGAUCGUACGACACAGCCUCCACACGUGUCGCGACGAGGAGCCUGGGCAAGCCAUAUAUGGGGAGAUCCGACCUUUACUGGCGACAAGAAGGAUUUCCAGAAAUAUGCCAUCGACGAAAUGAAGACAGGACACGGGGAGGGUACGAUUCAUGCGCAGGGCAUUCUCAACUUCAGGUCUGACGGGGAGCCGAAGAACGGAUUGGGUGACAUGUUCGACGAUGAUGCCGAGCCGCGCGUGUUCAUCAUGACACCCCGGCCAAAUCCAAGGCUAGAUGACGACUCUAUCGACGUGACUCAGGAGACCAACCAAGGGCAGUUGAAGUACCCGACAGAAGUGGGCAAGAUGAAAGAUGCGUUGAAUUCGAUGUUUGGGGACGACGACCGGGUCCACAUCCAGGUCAUUGAUUACUCUCCUCUGCUGGCACCCAAAUCUAUGGGAUGGAAAGCAGCCGAGUCUUUCCGAAAUGACGACGAUUUUAAUUCGCCCCGAUGGAAGGUCCUCGUCCAGUUUCAGCCGGCGGAAGACGAUUAUGGGGAGGCCAGCUGGAGGAUCUGGUUCGAGGGCAAAAGCCCCGAUGACGAUAUUUCCAUGAUUCGUGGAUCCCUGAGUCGUCAUAUGAGCAGGUCUUGGAGACAUAGGUGGCUUGAAGGAGACGGAAAACACCAGCAGAGCGUGAAUGCGAUGUACAUAGUAGCCACGUACCGUACCAUUCGUCAUAACCCAUGCGGUCAACACUCAUGA